AUGGAAUAUGGGAACGAGAUUUCAUCUUCUUAUGUAUCAAAUGGUUCUGGGUCAGUAAACUACGUAAUGGAAACUGGUCCAGACCCUGAAGAUUUGAGCCUAAGCAAGCUCAGUGCCAGCCUUGAAACCCUACUUGUUAACCAGGAGUACGAAGUCUACAACGAUGCUGAGAUUGUUGCGGAGGGCAAUGUCGUGGUGGGUGUCAAUAGGUGCAUAUUAGCCGCUCGUAGUCCCUAUUUCCAUAAACUUUUCCGGCAACACCACGAAGACGGUCGGAAACCGAGGUUCGAGAUGUCGGAGAUGGUGCCGUAUGGUCGGGUGGGAGGUGAAGUAUUGAAAGUGAUGUUGCACUAUUUGUAUACGGGGAGGAUUAAGGCAUCGCCGCGGGAAGUUUCGACAUGCGUGGACGGGGCCUGCUGUCAUGGUGCUUGUGGCCCUGUUGUUGAUUAUGCUUUGGAAUUCAUAUUUGCUUCUGCAACUUUCCAAAUCAAAGAGCUGGUUUUGCUUGUUCAGCGCCAUCUUUUGAACAUUGUUGGGGAGGCACUUAUAGAAGAUGUGAUCCCAAUUCUCCUAGCUGCGUUUCACUAUAACUUGAAUCAGCUUUUAUCCAACUGCAUCGAAAGGGUGGCGAAAUCCGACCUCGACAACGUAUGUCUAGAGAAAGAAUUGCCUCCGGAAGUCUACGGCAAGAUUCGGUCACUCCGUCUCGAAUCUGAGCCCACCGCAAUGGAGUCCGACUUGGACCUUGAAAAAAAAAUCCGGAGAAUCCACAAGGCACUGGAUUCUGAUGAUGUUGAGCUGUUGAAAUUACUUCUCAAUGAAUCCAAUGUUUAUGUCACAUUAGAUGAAGCAUAUGCACUCCACUAUGCCUCUGCUUACUGUGAUCCCAAAAUCGUUAAUGAGGUUCUUAGUCUCAGGUUGGCUAAUGUCAACCUCGGGAACGGUCGAGGAUUCACGCCUCUCCAUGUCGCCGCGAGACGCAAGGAAUGGUCGGUGCUGGUGGCAUUGUUGAAUAAGGGAGCCCGUGUGGCUGAAACUACGCCGGACGGCCGAACUGCCAUCGAUAUCUGCAGGAGACUAACUCGGGCCAAGGAUUAUCACGAGAACAAAAAGCAAGGGGAACCGUCGAACAAAGAUCGUUUAUGCAUUGAUGUCCUCGAGACGAAGAUGCGGAGUUCUGAAUCAGAGAAUGUUGGGGUUCCAUCACAAGAGAUCACUUAUGAUUUACACAUGAAAUUGGACUACUAUGAGAAUCGAGUCUCAUUUGCAAGGUUGUUAUAUCCGGCGGAAGCCAAGGUAGCCAUGGAAAUUGCAGACGCAGAUACAUGCAAAGUUGAUUUGAACGAAUCACUUACAGCACACACCACAAGGCUUCAUUUGAGGUUGCUUACCCUCUUUAAAACAGCGGAAACAGGGAGGAGAUACUUCCCACAGUGUGCGCAAGAGCUGGACAAGUUCUUGGUGGAUGAUACAACAUGUUUGUUUGAACAAGGCAGCUUGGAAGAACAAAGACUGAAAAGGAGGCGAUUCAAUGAACUUAAACAAGAGCUGUUAGAGGCAUUUUACAAAGACAAAGCCCAUCGAAAUCGGACUUCUUCUUCUUCAUCAUCGUCUUCUUCCACUACUGCAACACUGGGUUCUUCUGCUCCUUACAAACCUAGACGAAAGUGA